AUGGAGGCGGGCGGGCGGCACAAGCGGCUGGGGGUGCGGAUAAGGGCGGGUGACCCUGGGGGCUGGGAGCGGGUGGAUGCAGGCAGGAGGUGGAUGCUGGCUUACGAGCGUGAGCUGAAGGAGACGCUGGUGGAGAAGCUGAAGGAGUAUGAGAAGAAGGCAGCCCAGCUAGCGGAGCUGACCUUCCAGGAGGACCUGUGGGUGCUGAAACGAAGCCGGGUCAUUGGCAUGACGACAACAGGGGCUGCCAAGUACCGAAAGCUCUUGCAGAAAAUCCAGCCCCACACUGUGAUUGUGGAAGAGGCAGCAGAGAUCCUGGAAGCUCACGUUCUAACCUGCCUCACGCCGGCCUGCAAGCACCUCAUCCUGAUUGGAGAUCACCAGCAGCUGCGGCCCAAACCCGCCGAUUACACCUUGGAGAAGAAGUAUUUCCUCGGCAUCUCCCUGUUCGAGCGCAUGAUAAAUAAUCAGAUCCCCUAUGUGCAGCUGCUCUAUCAGCACCGCAUGCGCCCAGAGAUUUCCCAGCUGCUGGUGCCGCUCUUUUACAAACAGCUCAAAGACCACGAUGCCGUUGCUGAAUACGAACAGAUCAAGGGCGUGGAGAGCAGUGUCUUCUUCAUCCAGCACACAGCGGCCGAGAGCCACAGCGCUGACUCCGAGAGCUACAGCAACAGGUUUGAGGCUGCCUUCCUGGUCUCGCUGAGCAGAUACCUCCUAGAUCAGGGAUACCACGAGAGCCAAGUCACCGUUCUGACUCCCUACCACGGCCAGGUGCUGAAAAUCCGCACGCUGAUGAGGAGCAGGGACAUGGGAGACGUGGCUGUCCAUGCCGUGGAUGACUUUCAAGGGGAGGAGAAUGACAUCGUUCUUCUCUCGCUGGUACGAAGCAACAGAGAAGGGAGGAUUGGUUUCCUCCAGGAUAAGAAUCGGCUCUGUGUGGCUCUCUCACGGGCCAGGAAGGGCUUCUAUUGCAUUGGAAACCUAGCUGGCAUUGCAGCUGGCUCCAACAGCAAACUGUGGAAAGAUAUUCUACGUCUCCUAAAGAGAAAGAAACUUACGGGGGAAGGCCUGACGCUGGUGUGUCAAAAUCACCCCGAUACCAAGACAGUGGUGAAGGAGAGUUCGGACUUCAGUAAAAUCCCUGACGGAGGCUGCACGCUCCAGUGCCAAAUCCGGCUGGAAUGCGGCCAUCCCUGCACGCGCCGCUGCCACCCGUACGACAGGGAUCACAGCCUGUACGUUUGUCAGUUCCAGUGCUCCAAGCUGUGUGAGCUCAACCACAGGUGCCCGAGAAAGUGCAAGGAACCUUGCGAACCUUGUUCCGUGGAAGUGGAAAAAGUCAUUCCAAAGUGUGGGCACCUCCAGACCGUCCCCUGUCACAUGCCAGCUGAUCACUGGCUCUGCCAGGAGCCGUGCAAGCAGCUUCUGGAAUGCAAACACCCAUGCACGCGCCGCUGUGGGGAAGCCUGCAGCACCUGCAGGUGCAAGGAAAUGAUUGACAUCACUCUGCCCUGUUCUCACGUAAUGAGAACUGAAUGCUACAAGCAGAAAAUGCCUCCGAUCUGCCUUGAGACAUGCAACCAGAAACUCGAGUGUGGACACCACUGCAAAGGAAACUGCUAUGAAUGCGUGCAGGGCAGGCUGCAUGUCCACUGCCGUAACAAGUGCACGAGGGUCCUUCUGUGUUCCCACCAGUGCCAGGAAUCGUGUUUUGAGAACUGUCCUCCGUGCAAGAGACAGUGCCCCAACCAGUGCAGACACAGCCGCUGUGAUAAGCCAUGCGGGGAGAUCUGUUUUCCCUGCAUACAGCCCUGUUCCUGGAAAUGCAGGCACUACCGGUGCACACAGCUGUGCUCCGAGACGUGCAAUCGCCCCCGCUGCAGUGAGCCCUGCCAAAAAUCACUCAAAUGCAGCCACCCCUGCGCAGGCCUCUGUGGAGAGCCGUGUCCGCCCAAGUGUCGCACGUGCCACAGAGAUGAGCUGGCCGAGAUUUUCUUUGGGGCCGAGGACGAGCCGGAUGCCCGUUUCGUUGUCUUAGAAGACUGCGGACACAUUUUGGAGGUGCAGGGCCUGGAUCGCUGGAUGGACGGUGAGCCAGACAAUGCUCAGGCCCAACACGUCCAGCUGAAGGUGUGCCCCAAAUGCGCGACACCCAUCCAGCAUAACACACGUUACAACAACGUGAUCAAGGCCAUCCAGCAAAAAAUCAAGGAGAUCAAAUUGAAGAUUCAGGGAAACAAGGAAGAACUUGAAGCUGGAAAGCAGCAACUGCUCCUUCGGCUGAACAUCGACAGAGACCUCGUGGCCUGGGCGGGUAUGGAAAGAAGCAUUCUGAACACGGUCUCCCGUCAGAGCCUUCUGGACUUGGAGAACUCCCUAAAUUUCUUUGCAAGUCUCUCCAGACUGAAGCAACAAGCGAAGAAGUGCACAGCGGCGAGAGAACGCAAUUUGAAACGGAAGAUUGAGGCCGUGGAGCACUGGAUCGGCAGAAACAGACACGCCUUCACAGCUCAGCAGCUCAGGGAAUGCAGGAAUGAGAUCAAGAGGAUAUCGUACCUGGGAAACAUCUUUGAGCGGCUGAGUGGCUACGAAAACAAACAAGCAUCGUUAUCCCCCGAGGCUGUGGCACUUGCUAAUGAAGCCAUAGGCGUCCUCCAGCAGCAGGACCCUUUCACCCAGAGUCGGGAGGAAUCUCUCCAGAGGGUGCUGGAGAAGAUUGAUGAGUGGCUUCCUGCGGCAGGACUGCAGCUCUCCGAGGCAGAGCGGGUCAUGGUAACAGAGGCCAUGCAAUUUGGCAGGGGCCACUGGUACAGAUGCCCUCAGGGCCAUUUGUACACGAUUGGGGAAUGCGGCCGUCCAAUGCAGCAGAGCACCUGCCCCGAGUGUGGAGCUACCAUUGGGGGGCAAAACCACGCUCUCACUCGGGAUAACAUCGCCGACGAUCAAAUACUGGAACCCGCUAGCGCACAGGAGCGAGAAUCACGUCUACAGGAUAGUAUCUUAGCUCUGCCCAGCUCCAAAACAGUCAACUAUUGUCCAAAUGGAUACUUCAGCUUUGCUGUUGUAUGCAAACUCUUCCAUUCUGAAAAGAGGCACUGA